AUGACUAUCUCCGAUUUCCCUGAAACGAAAGAUGACGACUCGGUGUUGAAGCCCACUGAGACCGUGACUCAGGAUGUCGUGUUUGGCGAGAUCACAGAAGAUGGACCAAACUAUCGCAAUGUGAGCUUUCCAGGAACGAUCAUCCUGAUGAUGAAAACCCAGAUUGGCCUAGGAGUUCUCUCCAUCCCAAUGGCUUUCGACUACCUAGGCAUUGUGCCUGGUGUUAUUUGCCUUUGCGCCAUCGCAGUUGUCACCACAUGGUCUGACUACGUUAUUGGUACCUUCAAGCUCAACCAUCGUGAGGUGUAUGGCAUCGAUGAUGCUGCUGCUUUGAUAUUUGGUCCAAUCGGCCGUUGGGCUUUAUCAGUUAUAUUCUGUCUUUAUUGGGUAUUUGUCAGCGGUUCCGGCAUUCUUGGAAUCUCCAUCGGGUUGAAUGCACUCUCUACGCAUGGCACAUGCACGGCUGUGUUUUCUAUGGCUGCCGCUAUUCUUGGUUUCUGUUUUAGUAGUGUGCGUACGCUUGGUCGUGUCACUUGGCUAGCAUGGAUUGGGCUUCCAUGCAUCCUCGUUGCGGUUAUGAUCGUCACCAUUGCCGUUGCCCUCCGGGAUCGACCUGCUGCUGCGCCGAUGACCGAAGGCCCCUGGGUCUCUGAUGUCAAAAUGUUUGGCAACCCAUCUUUCACAGAAGGUGUUACAGCAGUCUGCAAUCUUGUGUUUGCUUUUUCGGGCACGCCGGGAUUUUUCGCGAUCAUAUCGGAAAUGCGCAAUCCUCGUCAGUACACGCCAGCUAUGCUCGUUUGCCAGGGCGGUGUCACUACUAUAUACUCUGUUGUCGGUUGCGUCGUCUACUAUUACUGCGGCUCUUACGUCUCCUCGCCCGCUCUGGGCUCGGCUGGUGGUACUAUAAAGCAAAUCGCUUAUGGUUUCGCGUUGCCAGGGUUGAUUGUUACUACAACGAUUGUCACACACGUAAGACCACAUAUGCAGAUACCAGCCAAGUAUAUUUUCGUUCAUCUCCUCCGCGGCUCUCGACAUUUAAACAGCAACAGUCUCGUUCAUUGGGGAUGCUGGCUCGGCUGUACCUUCGGUGUCACCGUGGUCGCGUACAUCAUCGCUAGUAGUAUUCCUAUUUUCGAUUCACUCGUUUCUCUUAUCGGUUCGCUGCUCGGGACAAUUUUAUGCUUCCAACCCUAUGGCUGUAUGUGGCUAUAUGACAACUGGGGGAAAGCUAAAGGUAGUUCCCGGUCUUGGUUGAUUAUGGUAGGAUUUAGCAUCGUCGUCAUAGUCGUCGGACUUUCUUGA